UUGAGCAUACAGGUAUGCUAUAUAAUGACUCAGACAUGAAGAAAGGACACCGUGAUGAAAAUGGCUCUCCAACAGUUUGUGUGUGGGUUCACUCUGAUGACAAUCCUGCUAUGCAGAGGUUGUGAUUCCAGCAGCCUGCAUGUAUCAAAGCUGCAAUUAACAGCCGAAUUGUGGGGGGGCCAGGAUGCAUCCCCGGGAAGUUGGCCCUGGCAGGCUGUUUUAGAAUGCAGGGGCAGUUUUAGCUGUGGAGGGUCGCUGAUCACCAACCAAUGGGUGCUGACGGCUGCUCACUGCUUGACAUAUGCUGACCUCAACCAUACAGUCGUCCAUCUUGGUCGCCAAAACCUAACAGGUCCCAACCCCAAUGAAGUGGCUCGAACACUUGACGACAUCAUCUGCCAUCCUCAGUAUAAUUCCCUCAGCUUUAACAAUGACGUUUGUCUCCUGAAGCUGUCGUCUCCUGUCAUGUUUACUGACUACAUCCAACCAGUCUGUUUGGCCUCAGCCGGCAGCACUUUCUAUGAUGGGACGCCCAGCUGGGUCACUGGAUUUGGCCUCACUGAUUCUGGUUCUCAACCUGAAACUCUGCAGGAGGUAGAAGUGCCCAUUGUGGGACACAAUAAAUGCAGCUGCUACAACCAAGACAAUGCAAUCACAGAGAACAUGUUAUGUGCUGGAGUCGACAACGGAGGGAAGGAUUCAUGUCAGGGAGACUCAGGGGGACCACUGGUGACCAAAAAGGAUUUUUACUGGGUCCAGAGUGGGGUUGUGAGUUUUGGUAUAGGCUGUGGCCUUCCCAUGAAACCUGGAGUCUACGCUCGAGUGUCUCAGUACCAGGCAUGGAUCAGUGGUAUCGUCACUGGCAUGGAGCCAGGCUUUGUUCCCUUCUUUUCCUCAGGCAUGGAUGCAGAUAUGCAUUUUGUGUGUUCAACAACAACACCACCUCCCACAACCACUGAUGGCAGCAUAUUUGGGAGUGGUGAAAACCUGAGCCACUUCACUCACUUCAUUUCUGUCUCUGUUCUGGGCCUGGUGCUCCAUGUCUUCGUUGGCCAUGGUGGGAUGUAAAUGUAGCGUAGUAAUUUACACGUCUGAGGUAGACAAGUUUUUUACUGGAGUACUUUGCUUUCAUUGUGCACCAUUACAGCACUACAAGAAUAUUUUACCAGUUACUUCAUGAAUGAAAUGUUAAAUUAUUCAUUCAUCCAUUUUCUUUACUCUUGCUCAGACAAAAGCAAAAACAUGGAGGUGUAAUAAUGUAAUUUCCAACACUGUUUUUCUUUAUUGAAUCAAACCAUUUAAAUCUGUUCAGUAAUUUGAUUAAUUGUGUAAUAAUGUCAUGUGAGCUCCUUCAUGUUGAUUUGUCCACAUCUGAACUACACUAAUUGUAAUCUUUAAAUUAUAUUUCAUGAGGAAUUUCGGGUUUAGAGAUAUAUUAUUAAUUAAAAACAUUUAAACAGGA